GUAGUCUCACGUGACCAUAUAAAUCACGUGGUUUAUUGAUUGCCGUCUGUCAUUUACAAUGCACUGAAAAUUACUAAUGCAUAUGCGUAUUUGCUUUUGUUUUGCUCAUGAAUACCUGCUCGUGCCGUGAGUAAGUUCUAAUACAUUUGGCCGCGAAGUGCACGUAGUUUCCGCAAAUGGACAUAACCGUUACACACGAGCAAUCGUGUGCGAAAAGCAUUUAGAGGUUAUAUUUUAUCCUCAAGCUGUGCUGUAUACGCUAAUAAUACACUGUUUCUGCUUGAUACGCGUAUCGUGUAGACGUGUCGAGUAUUGGACAUAUGCACUACGAGCCUGUGGCCUGUACUUUUACAGUAUAAGUUUCUUCGAAGAGAUUGAAGGAAUAAGGAUGCCAUAAAUGUCAAAUCCGACUUCGUGUUUUUAUGAACUAGAGAGUACGGUACUUGAGUGUGAAUCAUCUUGGACAAUAGGCAAUGUGGAUCAGUGCUUAUAGAGAAAAUUCCAUGGAUCAAAUAUUUUAUGAUCUCAUACAUGAAUGUAAAUAUGUGGCACCUGGGGCACGGCUGACUUACUCUCUCAGAAAUCGCUUAGAAAAAUAUAAGAAGGAUGUACGAAGAGAAAUUGUGUCUCGUACAAAAGAAGGAUGUGCUCCCUUAUUUAUUGCUUGUAAGAAGGGCAAUGUGGAGAUUGUUGAGUAUCUUAUUACUGUAUGUGGUGCUGACAUUGAACAAAGAGGAAAGUAUGAAGUACCCGAUGAAAGGUCGGUUCAUUGUGUCACACCACUGUGGUGUGCUGCUGUUUCUGGAAAACUCUUGGUUAUAAAAUGCCUUAUAUCUCAUGGAGCUGAAAUUAAUGCAGUCUCUGAUUCUGGAUCUACUCCUGUUAGAUCUGCAUGCUUCAUGACACAUUUGGAUAUUGUUUCUUAUUUAGUAGAACAUGGUGCUGAUAUAUUAAAAGCAAAUUACAAUGGUGGGACAUGUUUGAUAAAUUCUGUACAAAGUGUAGAGUUGUGUACCUAUCUCUUGCAACAUGGCGCUGAUGUGAAUGCAACGGAUAUUCAAAACAAAACUGCCUUACAUUACGCCAUUCAAGAACAUAGAUUACAAACUACUAAACUCCUUUUAGAACACAAUGCGGAUCCACAUUUGAAAUCUAGAUAUAAUGAUGAUGCUCUCCAGACUGCCUGCCUUAAAGGAGCCAUUCAUAUAUUUGAAUAUUUAGUGGAUACGGUAGCGUAUUCACCUGAAAAAUUGGCAGACGCAAAUGAAUUGAUGGGAUCUACAUUUUUUGACGAUCAUAAUGAUACGCAUACGGCAUUGCGAUAUUGGCGGACAGCGAUGGCCAUCAGAAUGGCCCACUCGGUCGACGGAAUAGCUUUGCCGAAAACGCCUGUACUACCGAAAUGUGAAGCUUAUAGAAACGCCAGGGAAUUCGCGACUCUGGAAGAAUUGAAUGCUGUUGCACUCGACUUAGAUGCGAUUAGAAUACAAAGUUUACUUAUAUGUGAGAGGAUAUUAGGCCCACAUCACAAGGAUACACUUUUUCGUCUGAUGUUUCGGGGUGCAUCGUAUGCAGACGCGCUCAGGUAUCAAAACUGCAUAGAUUUGUGGUAUCGAGCAUUAGAGAUUAGAGUUGAGAAAGAUUCGAUUUUGUACACCGAUACUUGCUUCGCCGCGCAAGUUCUUUUAAGGCUGAUGGUAGAUCUAAACGAAAAGACAUUGGAAGUAAUGGAUCGUAAUCAAGAUACGCAGGAACCAAGAUUUCGCGAUGUAGUAGCGAUCUUUAAAUUGCUCUCUAGUCAAUUGACGGAAGCUAGAGAACUGUUAGAAAAACGUCCCGUACAUAAAAGGCAAAAAGAUUGUUACGAACGCAUCCUGAAGUGUGUGACGCAUCUUAUUUACUUAUUAGUAGAAACAGCAAGAUCCGAAGAUGAGAAAGAUCUGAUGCACCAAUUAGUCCGUGACUUAGUAAAGAAAAAUCCAAGAUCUGUUUAUACGGGCGAUACGCUGCUUCACUUGUGUGUUUCUAGUUUAAAUACGGUUAAUUCCAAUUAUUUUAAUCCUGCAGACGAUGUACAUACAAUCUUUCCACGCAUGGAUGUUGCUAAAUUGCUUUUAGAAUGUGGAGCGUAUGUCGAUGCGAAAAAUAUCCUACGUUCGACCCCCUUACAUAUAGCGAGUAGAGGCUGCAACUUCGAUAACCAACUCGUAAAAUUGUUAUUGGAUUAUGGCGCGCAUUUAGAUACACCAAAUAGAGCAGGUGAUACCCCAGCACGAUUAUUAUCUUGCAACCCUUUGAAUAGAGUGAAUCUGGUGAACUAUAUUAGCCUUCAGUGUCACGCCGCACAAGCUAUUUGUAAAUAUGGCAUUCGCGUCACGGAUUUGCCUGUUACGUUACACCAUUUUCUAGAGCUCCACAAGGAAUGACGUUGAUAAUAAUCGUAAUAAUAUAAUAGUAAUAAUAAUAAAAUAUAUUUUCAAAUACAAACAUUUUGGUGCGCAUUGAGAACAACCGUACAAUUUAUCGUAAUCCCAAAAUGUAUGUGUGACAAUAUCAAAGGAAUUAUGAAUGUAUAGUGAUGAUGUAUGUUAUGAUAAUUAUUAAUAUUCAUAAUUGAUUAAUAUUAAUUGUAAGCGAGUCAUAGGUGAAAUAUACGUAAAAUAGUGAGAUUUAUACUAAUAUCGGAAUUUCAAUUAAAGAAAGUACUAUUUUUAGAAUGCUAACUCCUAUAUAUAUUAAGUACAAUCUAAGUUGUAAAUGCAGGCGGCAGGUUUUAAAGUAUCAAACUGAAAAGACUGAACGAAAAAAGAUUCUUCUUCUGUGAACUUUCUCAGUUAGAUACUCUGUUAUGUAAAAUAUCGUUUUAAAUUAAUACCUCUGUACAGUAAUUCACGUGAUUUGAUUAAUGUAGAGCUACGCACACUACAAAAAAUAAAAGAAAAAAUGAACGUUGACAGCAAUAACUGGACAUGUGAAAGAUAUUCGCGUCUUCCUUCGCUUCUUCAAGUGCUAUACAUUGCAUUUUGAUAUGCUUAUUAUAGGACAAUCCGUUUUUGCUUGUUAAAUGAAUGUUAAAUAGGCGAUAAAUGGAAAAUAUGAAGCGUGUACAGUUAUUAAAAUAUUAUUAAGCAACGAGGUAAAAGAUUGUCCGAUGUUUAACGAGCAAAAUUUGAAGAAUAUUAUUCGUUUUAGACGCUAAAGACAAUUCGUGUUUGAACAUUGCCAUAACCAGCAAUGUGAGAUUAUCUGUUUCAGACAGAAGAGAAGAGAAAUAUAUAUAACUAUCGUGCGAGAGGAUGUAAAGUUUAGUGUAAUAUUAAGAAUUAUUAGUUUUGCUAAUUAAUUUAUUUUUGUAUCUUAAUUUUAUCUAUCUGGUCUAUAUAUUUAUAAGUGUAUUUUUAUAGUUAUUUCGCGCAUUUUUUAUCAAUAUUAAUAUAUGCAUAUUAUUGAAAUUACUAAUGAAUCACACAAUGCUGGUUUUGAAAAAUGCAAUGUUGAAACUAUUGCGGUGCUAUUAAAAAGAAAAGGAUUCUAAUAAUCUAAAAAAUAAAAUAAUAUACAGCAGACCUUUAUAUAGAAAUCGUGUGGAUUAUAAUAAAAGUUUACUUGCUUUUUUCGUAUUCUCCUCUCACUCAGCGCUUAGAAAUAUAAAUUACUUAAAAAUGUAAAUGAGAUUUCUAAUUGAUGUUAAUAAGAAUGAAUAGCGAAACUCGCUGAUAUAAAUUUUGUAUAAGGAUUCAUAAAUUCUAAUUAUACUGAUAAAGCACAUGUUUUCUAUCGAACGUAUGUAAAACACUAUCAUUUAUUGUACACAUUUGUAUCGUUUAUGGUUAGUAAUAUGAAUUGGUUAAAACGCUAUUUGAUAAAAAUGCCACAUGAUAUGAACAUAUAAUAUAGGUGAAGCAGAUGAUACAUUAUUGUAUAUCUCAAUAUGAUCUGCGUGUAGAAAUUUACAAUUCCUAAAGCAACAGUUUACAAUUGUAAAAAUUUUAUUGGUUUAAAAUUAUUAUUACAUCACGUUAUACUUAAGUAAAUGCUUUUUACUUAAGUAUAUAAACGCUAUGAAUACAUAUACAUCAAUUUUUCUCACUGUUCAAUAACAAAUACAGCGUAUACCACAUA